CACAAACCCAAUUCAUUUCUCCCUCCUUCAUUCAUUCAUUCCACAAUGACUCGUUUCUCUAGAUUUCUUUCCUCUAAUUUCGUCCCCGCCGCCGACCCACCUGAACCCUUACCAGUAGAAUCCGACUUCGUCGUCAUCCUCGCCGCCUUACUCUGCGCUCUUAUCUGCGUCGUCGGCCUCAUCGCCGUAGCCAGAUGCGCCUGGUUCCGCCGCACCACCGCCGCCGAAGGAACCAGCCGAGCACGCGGUCCAACUGCCGCAUCCAAUAAAGGACUCAAGAAAAAGAUCCUUCAUUCACUUCCCAAAUAUACUUACAAUCCCACCUCGACCACCACCAUCACCACCACCACAGAGUGCGCGAUCUGUCUGGCCGAAUACGAAAACGGCGACGAGAUCCGGUUACUUCCGCAGUGUGGUCAUCGAUUUCACUUGUCGUGUAUUGAUACAUGGCUCGGAUCUCACUCUUCCUGUCCUUCUUGCCGGCAAAUCCUUGUUUCUACCAGGUGUCAGAAGUGCGGCGAGUAUCCGGCUGUUACUUGCGCCGCCGCCGGCGUAGGUGAAGGGGAUAGGAAGGGCGAAGUUGUGAUCAGUUGUGGUUCGAGUACUUAGAACAUUGCCGGAAAAUUCUGGCUGAAGGGGAAAUGUAAUCGGAGAAUUUGGAAGGUAUAUAACAUUUAGCAAGAAAUUGAUGAGGUUGAGGAGAGGAUGAUGAUGAUGAUAUCGCCAUUGAUUUGCUGGGGAUCUGAUAGUUUUCUUAGAUAUUUAGUUAUAACUAAUUAGUAGAAGAACUUCCAUUAUUGGCUGCAAUGCAAUGAAUGAUGAUGAUCAAACUUCAAUCUUUGGACUAUACAUUUGAUUCCUUUCUUAUAUUCUCUUUGCUUGUUGUUUUCUGGAAAUGUUAUUAAUUAAUCUAAUGUCUAUAUUUAUAUAAUAUAGUUUAUUUAAUAUGUAA